GGCAGCAAACGAGAGACAAUGCCACUGCUGGUGCUAGCUUGUUGCCUUCUGAUCUCGCUUUUUGCACCGCCGCUGGUUGCUCAGGUGAGCGUGGAUUUCGAAUUUAUAGAAUCCGAAUGGCGUUUGGCUAGCAACUUUUUCUUCACCUAUCACAGCCAGUGGUCUAUCCGGAGAGUUGUUGUAGUUUAUGUUACUGCAGUCCAAAAACAAGAGGCUAUACAGCAAGCAUUUACAUCACAGAUGUUUCAAGACAUGUCAAACAAUGGGAUUUCAGUCAGCUACAUUAAGCUGCCGAAUCCACGACCGAUCGCUGCUCUCCGACUUGAUAAUGAGAGCCAGCCCCCGAUCACUUGCAUGCUGCUACUUACCCCCACAAAGUUCACGUCCGAAUUCGUCAGAGCGGCGUCUGACGCUGGUGGCAUGUCUGGCAGCAAGAUUCAAUGGAUUUAUGUGCACCCAACGGGAACACGCGCCCUGUCAGCAAGCAAUGGCCUUAGACCGGACACCAAGCUGCUCAACGUUGUCCUUAAUCAAGACAGCACUAUCACGCUGCAGCAGUGGACUGGCGCCUCGUACACGAAUGAUGUGGUCUGGAGUGGUCCAAGCAGCAGCAUACCCACAGAGCUGGCCGUGCCGCCCAACUACAACUUGUCUGGAAUAGUUCUCAGCGUUGCUGUGUUUCACGAUCCACCUUUUGUUAUCCUGACCAACGUGACUAGGCCUGGAUUAAUAAACCCAUCGCAAGUGAGCGGUUGGUUGGUUGACGUUUGGUACGACUUGCAAAACAUCUUGAUGUUUGAGACAAGAUUCUACACACCUAAACUGACAACCUCAGUAACAAAGCUGAAAGCUUCAGUCGAUGAAUUGCAAACCGGACGUGCAGACGUUGUUCUAGCUCCUUUUGUGGUCACGAUUAGCGACUUUGAUUUGGCUGAGUACUCAAUGCCUAUAGCCGAUAUCAGGUUCCGCUUUCUUCUACCUCGAGAGAAAGCGUCUUCGAGUAUUGACCAGUUUUUGCAGCCCUUCGAGCUGUUCCUUUGGCGGAUGACCCUUGCCGUGCUGACACUUGCGGUCGCUCUGUUGACCAUAUCUUACUCACUCGGUCGCUAUUUCGAAUAUGAAAAUCCGCAUUGGUCACUUUUCAACCUCAAAGAGUCGUUGUUGGUGAUUUACGGCUCACUGUUCGCCCAAGGCCACGAUUACGUGCCUAACUCGUUGGCCUCGCGCAUGAUCAUCUGGCUUUCCUACAUUUUUGGCGUAGUUAUAGUUACGUCUUACAGUGCUGCCCUCAUAACCAAGCUGACCCUUGGCACGGUCGAACCACCCUUCAGAACCUUCGAUGAGAUGCUUGAUUCAGACUACACGGCCAUCUUGCUUUCUGAUUCUGCUCCUAUACGACUUAUGCAGACAGCUGAGAGAGGCGCGUGGAACGAACUCCGAGUGCGAAAGCCCUAUCCUGUCACUUUACCAAAUUUGGCCGACUCAUUAGCAGAGGUGCAAAAGUCUUGGGCCAAAUACACGCUUUUGGAGUCGCGCGAGCGCGUGCUACCUCUCAUCCAGUACCCUCCGGAGAACUGCAAACUGACCAUGCUGCCGACGGACGUGUUCAAAGCACCAGGCCAGUUGAUGCUGUCGAAAUCGUCCCCGUACAAAGCCGCCAUCGACCAACAGUUGAUUAUGAUGCGGGGCUGCGGUCGACUCGACCGAAUGCAAGAGCGAUGGAUGGGUUUGGUGUACGAUGACCCUUGUCCUAGGGACUCCACCCUGCCCCAGUUUGGCAUGGACAACGUGCUCUUGCCGUUUUUGAUCAUGGCUAGCUCGCUGGGCUUGGCCGUCGUUCUUCUCAUCGCUGAAAUACUAAUCAAGCGGUGGUGCGGCAAAUUGCUGGCCGAGCAAAACGAGGAAGGUGAACUGGCGAAGAUUGCACGAAUCAGAGGAAUAAGGCUAAGCAAAGGUUGGAGGGCAGUUCAACGAAAUCUUGGCGAAUUUUCCUCUCAAAAUCAGCGUUCCAGGAUGUAGAGCGCGCUUAUAAAAUUUAAAAAAAAUUUUACUAAGAAGAGCACAUUUUUUUGCGUUUUCUCAUGACUGCAUAUAUAUUAGCAGGCAUAUAAAGAAAAACGGCCCUAAAUUCACAAGUCCUGCACACAUGAACUAGUCAUAAGCUGAAAGAGCGAAAUUAAAGUACUCAAUCAAUCCGUAAAAUCCUAUCAAAUAAGACAUUUUCUUGAAAAAUUAAAAUAAAGUUUUACCCGCAAAAGGAAAGAUUACAAUUUUCCGAAAUUUUACAGCUUUUAAAGUGUUUUAAGCUAUUGCAUCAUCUAUCAUCGACGCUUUUGAUUGGAAAGAAUCGUGUGUGACUCUGUCAGAUAUUGCACCGCAAAAGUGGAGGAAAAUGCGCAGAGAUAUGUGAUGUUGAUAAUCCCUACCCUACGUUUGUAUUUCCUCAAAUGUGUGCUGCCAGCAUUUGCAUCGGCUAAUGGAAAAGGAGAGAGCAUCGCCUUUUCCUUGCAGAACAAAAGACACAAGCAGAGCACUUGAGUUGUGAAACGCAACAAUUUGAAGAACAGAGCGAAUUUCGAAUUUCAACGCUCUGAAAACGUUAUGCGCGUCGCUUUCAUUGCUGUUCCGCCAAGCGUCCGCAGAAAUGAGCACUCGCUUUGAUGUUAUACGCACGUGAAGGGUUUUUGCGGGAAGGACUUUAAUCGCGAUAAUGCGGCCGCGGAGCGAUAAUCACACCAGAUUUAGUCAAAAUGGCACGACAUAUGCGUGGUUCUCGCACUCUAUCGCUCACGCCUCCUCUGGGAAAUUAAAACACGCAAAAAGGAACGCACUGCUCGACGCUAAAAUUUAUCUUUAGUAAUUUCAUGCAAUCCGUGCUCUCCAAACGCCCUGCGAUUGGAUACCUAUUUUUACUUCUAAAUCACUUUUGAUCAUACGAUAAAAGUGUAGCACUUCUCUCCUCUGUCUUACUUUUGUUCUUCAUGACACGACAGAUCUAAAUAAAUGUUUCAUUUAUUAUUUAUUAAAUAAUUUUUAAGAGUUUGAAGAUAUUUUUGUUGUUUUUAUCAUCAUAAUUUCCAGGAAGCUUAACUGCAUGAUGUUGUCCAAUAGAUGCGUUUAAAUUACAUAAGAUUUUUAUCUCAUUGUUGAAUGGAGUGAUAACCAUUAAUUUGAAAAUUUGAUAUUCAAUUUGCAAAAAUAAAAUAACAUAAAUU